AUGACAAUAGAAACUAUUUAUAUCGCUAGACAUGGGUACAGAUCAAACUGGUUACCUCCACCUCAUCCUGAACCAUUAACUGGAAUUGAUAGUGACCCUCCAUUAGCUGCACAUGGUGUUGAACAAGCAAAACAAUUAGGUGCUUAUCUUGAAUCUUUACCAAGCAAUGAAAAACCACAAUUCAUUAUUGCUUCACCCUUUUAUCGUUGUAUAGAAACAGCUAAACCAGUUUCAGAGAAAUUGGAUGUGAAAAUUGCCAUUGAUCGAGGAGUAGGGGAAUGGUUUCGUAAAAAUAGACCAACCAAACCAAUUCCAGCUGAUUAUAAACAAUUGAAUGAGUUCUUUGGUACUGUUUUAAUUGACGAGGAUAAAUGGCCAAGAGAUAAUUUGAAUGUUAUACCAAAUGUUGAUGGGGAAACAGAGGAAGAAAUUUUCGAAAGAAGUCAAGAAUUCUGGAAGCGUUUCAUACCAACUUUUGAAGAAAGAUAUCCUGAAAUUGAUACGAUAUUGAUUGUUACUCAUGCUGCAACUAAGAUUGCUUUAGCCUCAGCCCUUUUAGGAUUGAGCUCAGUAUUUGAUUAUAUUGAUGACAAACAGACUUUGAUACGUGCUGGUUCUUGUUCUUUAUCAAAAUUCAUUAAAAGCAACAAUGAUGAUAGUAAUAAAUGGAAGAUUGUUAUGAAUGGUAACUGUGAGUUCUUAACUAAGGGAGAAGAGAUGAACUGGGACUUCCGACAAGGUGUUGAAGCUGGUUCAGCAGAAGACAUAGCAAGAAGAAAAGCAAUAGAUCAAGCAUUGGCAGAACAACAACAACAACAACAACAAAAACAAGCCAAAGAGAAUGCACCAAUUACUGACUUGGCCACUGGAUCAGAAGUUGAUGGAAAUGAAGAGGAAUUUGAAGUACGUAAGAGCAUUAUCUGA